AUGGACUAUGAGUCUCCGGCGAAGAAAAUUGAGCAAGAGGAAAUCAUCGAGCAUUACGUGACCGAAUCACGUCGAUUAUCUGGCAUCAGUAGUUCACGUGCUCCGUUGCAAGAAAUUCUAACGGAAACAAUUGAACAACGAUACAGUGAGGAAUUACCAAUUCAUGAUUUUUACCGCACAUCACAAAAUUCCUUACAACCAACUUCAUCGGCAUUAUACAAUGAAGCGGAACGAAGAUUUUAUGCAACCGGUGAGAGAGAUUGCAGUAGGGAUGCAUCAUUUAUGCAAACAUCAGGAAUGUCACCUGGUGAUCAAAUGGAAUCAGUAAGUACACCAAUACCAUACCUCAAAUUAUCGGAUAAUUUGGAUCGCUCUAUCGCAAAUAUUCAUUCCUAUGGAUAUGAUGUUCAUGAAGUCCAUACAUCAAAGGGUGGUGCACGAAUAGUGCAAACUCAUGGAACAGGCCUUAUCAAUGAUGAUGGGUCAGUGAUACAGCAGACAGAGCGAAGUCUUAAUCAACGACGGAUACAUAGCGAUAGAAGUAUCGAAAAUCAGCGAACAACGUUGAUUCAAGAACGGAGCGAAGGAAAGCAUUCUGGAAUUUCUUCAUCUUUGAAAUCUAGUCAUAAGGAAGUUGUUUUCCAUGACCCAGCAAGGUCAACGGCUAAUGAAAUUGGUACUGCAUUUGAUCAUCAAAAAUCCGUUUAUACGUUGCCUUUACCAUCCGGUGAAGAAAGGGAAACCUGGCGACGUCUUGAUAUUCUACCUGUAGAGAGUAAACUGUCUCGAAAGGAUAGCUACAAACGUAUGCAAAUAGGACAGCUGGAAGAUUCAGCUGAUGUUUAUGCGCCGCGAUCAGAUGCUUCAUUAAUUGCCGGUUUCACUAAAUCACAGUCAUCCGACGAAAGGCUUACUUUAUGGGAACAAGUGGUACAAUUUAUCAGGAAGAUUCUUUUUAGAGCAAGGAAUACGACAUGGUCCCCUCGUUUGAUUUGUCUUUUGUUGUUAUUUUUACUUCUUGUUAUUUUAUUUUUCAUUUUACUCGGGAUUAUAUUAAAUGCUUUAUUUGGCUCUUCUCCGGCACGAACGUUAUCCUUAUAUCCACCAAUAUGUGAGAAGUGUCGAAAUUAUGCGCUGGGCGGUGUUAACAAUCAGAUUCCUAGUCUACUUCGUGUUAUGUUCCCCAGUUCAUCGCAAGUUCACUUCGAACUAAUUGGCAAUUUACCAUUUAGAAGUAACUCGUCCACUGUUAUCGAUUUCGAUACGGGUUACAUAGCAAUAGCGGAUCAUGCGUUGACCGAUAACGUUGGUAGACAUUUCGUAUGUUUUCUAAUGCCGCUUGAUCGUUCCGCUAUUCCAAGUAUCCCAGCUCUUCACGAUGCGCUUUCAUCUGUAACCUCUGAGAUUUAUUCGGAAUACGGGUGGCAAGAAUAUUGGCAGUAUCAUACAGAAAUAAUCGAUGCGAAAACUGAAGAACGUAAAUUUACGAAUAAAAUUGAUAUUUGUCAGGGUGCAAGAUGGUACUUGUUGAAGCAUACAGUCUAUACAAGAGAUUCAAGUUGCUCGAAUUGCUACGACUUUUGCCUACCAGAUUAUGCUAUUCAACGAUUACAUAAAUAUGAGGAUGAUAUGACUAUCGGUAUCAGACGUUUGGAUUGUUUUCGACUUUUUAUUCCGGAAUGGGAAAGAUAUCAAUUAACACCUGAUAAUCAAGGUGGACGUUGGUCCUAUCCAAAAAUCUCAUCUAAUAUACAAGAAAAUUCAUUAGGAAACUGA